GAAUCUACACAGCAAUCGCUUAACAGGAUCCAUUCCAUCCACUUUUGGCCGCUUGACCAGCCUGACAGAUUUAGCCCUUCACAACAACAGCCUGGAUGGAACGAUUCCCGACUCCAUUACGAGAAUUUCCAGCCUGGUGGAUUUACGCCUUGGUGGAAACAAACUGUUGGGAUCGAUACCAGGGGCGAUUGGCAACCUUACAGCCUUGACUAGACUAUCCCUUGCCAACAAUAGCCUGAGUGGCACAAUCCCUGACUCCAUUGGCAACAUUCCAACCCUCGCUUCCUUGAACCUCUCGUUGAACUCACUGUCUGGUUCCAUGCCAAGCUCGUUCGCGCGCCUUGCGGGAUUGGAAAUCCUAGACCUUGCCAACAACAGCCUGUCAGGCAGCAUCCCCCAGCUUAUAGGCAGCCUUAACCAACUCUCCAACUUGAAUGUGAGUGGAACUGGCCUUACCUGCCCUCCUGACAACACCCCAUGUGUGGCGCAACAGCAAGCUCAAAGCGCCUUUUGCCGCCAGUGCCCCUCCUUCUGCACCACCUGCGUCAAGACAGCACCUCCAACCCCCUCCCCAUCGCCAGGAAGCACCACAGCAUCCCCAUCCCUCCCAACUGCCUCCCCACCACCGCCCCCCUCGCCUACAACGUCCACCUCCCAGUCUGGCGGUCUGUCAGCAGCAGCCAUUGCUGGCAUUGUCGUGGCUACUGUGGCUUCCCUGCUGCUGCUGGUGGUUGGGGGGCUGCUAUGCUGGCGGAAUUACUCAAAAGGGAGAACACAAGAGGAAGCGAGAGCAGAUAAGGAAAGCGGGGAUGCAGUCCUGCAAGUGAACACGGAUUCACAAGUUGCAGAAGCGCCCUCUCGCCUCACCUUGAAGCAGCAGCUGGACAUCCUCAUUGGUGCGGCACGUGGCUUGGAGUAUCUCCACAGCUUUGGCCUUGUGCAUCGCGACAUCAAGCCUGCCAACAUCCUCCUCACAGCAGACCUGCAGGCAAGCUCCGUGCAAUCGUUGAGCAGAUUCUCAACAAGCUUCGGUGUGCUCAUGCUUGUGGUGCUCACAAGGCGAAGCCCAUCCGUCUCGGUUGAUGGAGAGAGCGUGCCUAUUCUGAAAUGGGUGGAGGCGUGCAUCUCCGACACCUCUCCCGACUUGAAGGCCCUGAGCAUGGACGCCCCAGAUGAUGCUGUGCUGCACAUGUGUGAGCUGGCUCUCAGCUGCACUGUGGAGCGCACUGCCAGCCGGCCCAGCAUGGCAAGCAUUGCCAAUGAGCUGCAGAACAUGAGGAAUGAGGUGGUGGGGAGAGAGGAACUGCCUGCAGCAAUCAAAGUGGAUGCACAAGCCCAAGAGAUCAGGGGCUCAUUGUCGAAGGAUGCUCAUCUGCACUUCGUUGACGAACUGCUGCAGGGAAAUUCUUUUUAG